AUGAUCGACGAGCUGCGCGAAGGCGACUGGAUGUCGCGCGGUUCGCGCAAGAGCCAGAAAGACAUUGAACAAGCCGUGAGCCGCCUGCAGCAAAAACUGCAGCGCGUGCCCAAGGAAUCGGAAAUCGCCGCCGAGCUGGGCAUGGAGCUGGCCGACUACCAGCACCUGCUGGCCAAGGUGCGCGGCACGCAGCUCGUGUACCUGGAGGACAUCAGCGGCAACAGCGACGACGAAGACGGUUUUCUGGACCGCCACAUGGGCGACAGCGAAGCCGACCCUUCAGCCAAGCUGCAGGACCACCGCAUGCGCACCGCGCUGGUGGCCGCCAUCAACGUGCUGCCCGAGCGCGAGCAACAGAUCAUGAGCAUGUACUACGAACACGACAUGAACCUGAAGGAAAUCGCGGCCGUGCUCGGGGUGACCGAAUCGCGCAUCUGCCAGCUGCACAGCCAGUCGAUCGCGCGGCUGCGGUCCAAGCUGCGCGAGCACUGA